AUGUCUGAAGGCAUUCCGCUGAAUAUUCACUGCGUGGAGGAGGUCUCGUCCACGAUGGAUGUGGCCCGCGAGAUGGUGGCGGCCUCCACACGUGUGCCGUUCGCACUUCUCGCGGGGUCGCAGGCGAAGGGGCGGGGCACCGGCGGCCGCGCGUGGGCAUCGCCGCGGGGGAACAUGUACUGCACCAUCUGCGUCCCGGAGGCGAUGGUCCCGGCGGAGGUGAUGCCGGUGCUGCCGCUCGUGGCCGGUCUUGUCUGCCGCGCGGCGAUCAUGGAACUCAUCCCCGGCGCGGACGUGCAUCUCAAGUGGCCAAACGACAUCAUCCACAACGGCAUGAAGAUCGGCGGCACACUCGUCGAGAACGACGGCACACAUUUGUUUAUUGGCAUUGGCAUGAAUGUCGCCGUUGCGCCGCCCGUCACGGACGCCGGCCGGCCCGCCACAACAAUUCACAACAUCGCCGAGGCCGCCGGUGUGAAGAGCGAGACGGUUAAUCCUCGCCAACUGGCAGCCCUCGUCUGGCGUCAUUUAUUCACAACAGUAAAUGACAACACCAUCACACGCGCGGAACUCGUCCGCCGCUUUGAUGCCGCGAUGGAUAAGAGUCUCACCCUCCACCGCCGCAAUGGGGCAGAGCGCGGGGAGGAAACUCUCACCGCCGUGCGCCUGAACGAGUGGGGUCAUCUCACCGUGCGGAAACCAGACGGCUCGGAGGAGACACUAAUGGCAGAUUAUCUCUUUUAG